CUGUUGUUCCCGCAAGGCAUGAUGGACCUUGUAGUUUGUCUUCCUGUGUAGCACUGGAUCGGUGGCUGGUUGGCAGUUCGGAGUGUAGAUCGCACAUCAGGAGGACUGACACCCAGAGACUACCGCACUCCCGGGUUUCUUGCUCAAGGCAGAACAUUGCCAUAGCUGGUGGGAAACAUGAGAAUAGCAGGUGCCAUAAAAUUUGUUGUAGCGGUAGCCGCCUUUUUACUUACCUUUUAUGUGAUAUCUCAAGUAUUUGAUAUAAAAAUGGAUUCCAAUUUAGGAAAAAUUUUAGCUCGAGUGCCCCUGGAUAAUGGCGCACAUCCAACUACUAAAGCUCCAAAAUACAGAUGUGGGAUUUCAAAGAUUUGUCCAGAGAAGCAUUUUGCCUUUAAGAUUGCAAGUGGAGCAGCUAAUGUGGUUGGACCAAAGAUUUGUGUGGAUGAUAAUGUAUUAAUGAGUGGUGUGAAGAACAAUGUUGGUCGUGGAAUAAACACUGCUCUGGUGAAUGGGAAAACGGGAGAGCUGAUAGAAACCAAGUAUUAUGAUCUAUGGGGAGGAGAUGUAGUGCCUUUCAUUGAAUUUGUUAAGAAAAUUGCAGAUGGAACGAUAGUGUUAAUGGCAACUUAUGAUGAUGGAGCAACAAAACUCAAUGAUGAAGCCCGGAAACUAAUUUCAGAGCUCGGAAGUUCAGCUAUCAGUUCUUUAGCUUUUAGAGAUAACUGGGUAUUUGUUGGUGGAAAAGGUAUUAAGACCAAAAGUCCUUUUGAACAGCACAUCAAGAAUAAUAAAGACACCAACAAAUACGAGGGCUGGCCAGAGGUGGUGGAAAUGGAAGGCUGCAUUCCUCAAAAACAGAGUGAAUAAAUGAAAGCGGUAGAACAUUUCAAUAAUGGACUUGAAUCCAAUGCAUCUCAGAACACACUCUUUUAGUACGCUGAAAGAUUUCAUCAGUCAUUGUUGAUGUGAGCAUGAGUCUACACUCUGAGGAUGAGAUUUAUUUAUUGUUGAAAGAAAUAGGUAUUUUUGUAAAGACUUAAACUAUAGAAGACAAAGAAAGGAAUAGUUUGGAAUAUGUGCGUUAUCCAGGCUGUGGUGCACAUUUAACACCGAAUGGACUGUUAUGCAAGGCAUUGAACUGUCGCAGUCGCACUAUUUUCUUUCUAAAAAUAGCUUUUUCCGUUGGGAUAUAUUCCACCAAAGAUUUUGAGGAGGUUUUUUUUUUUUUUUUUUUUUUUUAAAUAGUAAUACCGUUGUUUCCACCAUAGCUGUUUAAUAUGUAUUUGCUUUUUUUUUGUAUUUGAGUAGAAUUUUAACAAACAAGUCUGUGUCUACUGAUUUUUGUUUCUUUUCUCCUUAUGCAUAUACAGGACCAUUUACUAAUUAGGUUUUGUAGUGAACCACACCGCCAAUGUGCUGGAGUUUAGCAAAGAUUUAAAUGGGCUGCCGUCAAUAUAUCUUCAAUUCACUGUUAAA